CUUCAUCAGGAGAGCAGACUAAUUUAGGUGGGGAGCAGCUUGCAAAAAGCUGAAUGAACUCUGGGUCAGGCAGCAUCUAUGGAGGGAAGUGGGUUGUCAGUGUUCUGGGUGGGCACCUUUCAUCAGGAUUUUGUCUGUUCGGUCCAGAUGAAGGGUCUUGACCUGAAACAGUGACUGUCCUGUUCCCUGCACGGAUGCAGCUUGACUCCCCUAGUUCCUGCAGAUUCCUGUUCCUGUUGCUCCAGAUUCCAGCAUACAGUCGCUUGAGUCUGAAGUGGGGUUUCAGCAGGUUUGAGGUGGCACUGUUCUUGAAGAAUGUACAGGCAAAAUAGCAGAUUCAUGCCCAUGCCAGUAUGUAAAUAACCAUUCAUAAAUGGAAAAAUUCUAAUUUCUGUUGUAAAGUGUACUUAAACUACAUUUAUUGUGUUGCCAUUAAUUUAAGGUAAUUGCAAAUUGAGACAGCUUUGUAUGUAGCAAACUGACUGUGAGCGUUGUCUCUAAUUCCCCCUUACGAGAAGUUAAUUUCUAGAGCCCCUGUUAACGGCGGGUGAUAUGUUUUAAUGAUAUCAAAUGCUUUGCUUAAACCAUCUUGGGCAUUUUGAAUUUGACCCCAUUCCUGUGGGUGCGGCAUCCUGAGCUGAACAUGGAAUGUGAUGGCAGCUCCCUGUUGAUCUCCCAAUCUGAAGUUUGAUUCCAUUAAAGGCAAUAGAAGCAAGCUUCUGAAAUAGUCUUGACAAGCAGGUGCAACUGAGCAGCCCUACAAAGUCCAGACUAGGUGAGGAUGAUGGAAGAUUUCCUUCCCUAAUGAGCACCAGUGAACUUGUAUCUUUAAACAAGGAUCUGGUACUUGUGUAGGCUCCAUUACUUCUACGGGCUUUCCAUUGAUGUGUUCAGCUGAAUUUAAAUUCUCCUGCUGCUCUGAUGGCAAUUGAACUCAUCUCUGUAAUCACUGGGUCUACAGAAUUCAACAUGGGGCUUCUCUUGCGAGUGUAAAUGCUCUUGUGAUCCACAGGAAUACUUGUGUUAACUUUAAAAUCAAAUUUCCACAUGACUGCAAACUUCUGUGAAAAUGGCUGCAAUUCUCUGUAAAAUUUCCCAACACAUUGAGAUUUAUUUGUGCAGUUCUUAAAGUGAUAUUGAGUGAAACCUCACUAGAACUGUGAAGGAACAGGAAAUGAAUUAUUGGCAGCUGUGACAGCAUGCCAUGCAUAACGCAUCAACAGUGAGCAUUAUUGAUGGAGAGAGGUGAGCCAGUUGCAUUGACUGCUAGAAAGAUAGUAGAACCAAUUCCAAAGAGAUUUAUUUUACUGAGCUUGUGUUUUUUAUUUCCUUCCUGUAGUGUUAAUUAGAUUGAAAGAAUCAACUUAAAACUUGCUUGGAAGGAGAAGUUGAUCUUUGGUUGCUGGUACUAGUUGCGUCAGGGGUCUAUGUUGGUCAGGUGGCCUGGUAUUAAAUUUCAUGGACUUCAUUAAAACCAAAUGUGUAAAGUAGAUGUUCUCUUGCAUCUAGAUAGUAGACCAGGCACUAAAAAGCCAAGCUGUUUAUUUUCUUCCCCCUUGUUUUAUGAGUCUAAUCAAGGUGUGCAUCAUUGCGUAAGUUUAGUUUUAUGUAUUCUAGUUCGAGCUGGCUGUUAACAUUUUGGUGAAUGCAAUAACCCACAGGAUUGCAGCUCCUGUUUAGAAAAGGCUUGGUGGAAGUGUGUGAAUAUUCAUCUGCACAGCCUGCUUCACUCUGUGCUGCCCAAAGGAGAGAAACAACUGAGCCUAGGUCUGGGUUCUUCUGUGCAUGAAGCAGGAGAAAAUAAAUGCCUUGGGCUGCUGGAGCUGAUGGCCUUUAUCUGACACUGAGAUGGAAAUGCUCAGCACAUCCACCAGUAUCCAUGGUAAGGAACAGAACCUUAAUCAGGAUGAGUAUUUGUGAAAUGUAGUGCAGGCUAAAGGGUUCGUAGAAAAGGUCUGCCGUUGAUUAUUGGGUUGCAUUUGCCAAGCUCUGAGAGGUUUAUAUGAAGGCAGAUGUGGGUGGUUAUGGGUAAGGAAGAGAUGUAAAGCUUAAUAGAUGAAGCAGAAAUGGCAGUUGCAAAAGUAGUGAGAGAAGCUUUCCAAUGGUCAAACGGUCAAGAACUAGGAGACAUAGUUGUCCACUUUUGCUGCUUUUGCCAAGGGAAAUUUUUAUGCUGUGAGUAGGGUAGGAUUUGGAAAGCACUGCUGGAGUUGAUGUGGAGGUAGUUCAACUGAAGUGCAAGGGAGAACUGAAAUAAUUUACAAAGUAAUGGACUGUGGGCAAGGUACGAGCAGAAUCAGUUUUGCAUGGAGUCAGUACAAACUCUCCAGAUGAAAUGACCCACUUUGGUGCUGUAACCCUUCUGUAAUGGGGAUUUGUAAGAGGUCCCUGUGAUUGUCAUGUUGAACUAGGAAGCGUGAAAGGUGCCUAACUUAGUGUAUAGUGUCUUAAUGUAAUGGCCAUUUCACAACAAUGUGGUAAAGACCACGGCCUAGAAAUUUGGGACGAGUAUAAAGGACAUGGUUUGAACUUGUCCACUUGUACGUCUUUUGUCAAUGUGAAAGGCUCUUUAAUAUAGUUUGGAGUCACAAUGAAUCUGAGUUUUGAAAUUAAGUGCCUGUUGGGGGUGCAGCUAGUUCAGUCCUGGAAAGAUUGUGAAUAAUGUCAUUUGGGGAACCAAAAUGAGGGUUCCCCACUCACCUGCAGGGCUGUAAGAGUUUGCUCCGUGUAGCUUCUGUUUACCCCACAGGCUGUUCCAAUUAACAAGAAUUUUUGAUAGUUUUUCAUUUUCUUGAACCACAAAUUAGUAUAAUUGUUCAGCAAAUAAGUCAGCUGUUGUUAGAGAACAGGGUUCCAGGAAUAUUUCCUUAUUACAGUUGCCAGCAAGAUGCUCGUUGUGAAUGUAACCAGUCUCCCUCUGUUUGAAUAUUGUGUGUAGCCAUGUACCAGUACCGGAAAGGUAGGAAAUUCUGGCGAGAAGCCUCUAACACUGGGAUCCUAUGCAAGAGAGUUCCUUGCAGUUAUCUUUGUCAGUGCCAUUGAGUGGCACAAAAUGCUAUAGUGCUGCUCUGUCCAAACUGGUAUUGUUAUAUAAUAGUGGCAUCGGUUAUUUAUUGUUAGACUUGUUUUAUACCUAUACACAGAUUUAAGAACCACAUUUAGAAUUUGUAGUAGUUAUUAAGCUGGAUUGUAAAUUAACUUUCUAUUUAUUCUGUAGUGGAGAUUCUUUUAAUAAAAACAUUCACUCUGCAAUUUAUUGCCUUGUAAGUAGUGGCUUUAUUGCAAUGAUGGGAGUGCUUUAAUAUGUAUUUCACUAAAAGCUUUGGAGAUGGUUUUCCCUAACCUCAUUGUAUCUGCCUAUUGUAGAACUGUAGCCUGCUGCAUUAAUAGAUUAUUGAUCCUGCUUGUAGCAGGUGUAAUUACAUUUUGUUGGUCAUGCUAAAACCAUAAAACUGCUUGUGAUGUGUAAUCAUUUCAUAUUUCAACCCUUGGCUGCCUGCUUUAUCAACAACCUGCCAAUUUAUUACAGCCCCUCCUCUAAGCUUGGAUCCGAGUACAGGACUUGCCCACGUUGCACUCCCAAGACAGGACAGGCAUUUCCCUGAAGGCCUGAAAUUCAGAAAUUGCUCUACAACAGGGCAGCUGCAAAUGAUGUUGCAAGUACCACCACAAGCUGUCACUUGCAACAGUUUGCCAGAGCCUCGGCCAACAGGAUGUUGUUCACAUAGGCGGACGGCACUUUGGGGUUCAGAGAUGGAUAAGCCACGGGACGUGGUGGACGAGGAGCCUGGGAGUGGGGAGCUGAAUGAGGCAGUGGAGGCUGACCUUCAGCACCUGGAAGAGGAGGCAGAGGAAGGGGCCAGGCCGUACCGCUGUGUCGCUGGCAAGCGGGGAGCCCUCGCGGGUGAUGAGGAGGCUCCACUGGCCAGGUCGGCCAGCACCGAGAGCGGCUUCCAUAACCACACAGACAGGGCGGAGGGAGAUGUGCUCUGCGCCCAGGCCGAGCCCUUCGGCUCCCGGGAGAGACUGGCCGAGAGUGAGGAGGACGAGAGGUCCUAUGCCGUCCACUGCCGACCAGAAGCGGAGGAGUAUACGGAGCAAGCUGAGUCAGAGCAUGCAGAGGCGGCUGCCUCCCGCACCCUCCCAGGUGCUCUGCGAUUUGGCGUGGUAGACCCCGAGGGCCUAGUGAGCUCAGCCUACGCAGGCUACGUCUACACCCACCAGGCCUUCCACCAUAGCGACGAGGAGCAGUACGCCGAGCCUUACGAUGACUACUCGGCCCAGGAGCACGUUUACGAGGAGAUCGCAGAGGCUCCCGAGCCGGAUGGACGAGGGAACCUGCAGCUGUACCAGCAGGAGAGGGAGGAGGCCGAGAACUACCGCAAGGAAGCCCUGGGUGCCAGACUGCACCAUUACGAUGAGCGCUCGGACAACGAGUCAGACAGCCCGGAGAAGGAAGCCGAGUUUGCGCCCUACCCACGCAUGGACAGCUACGAGCAGGAAGAAGACAUCGACCAGAUUGUCGCUGAGGUGAAGGAAAGCAUGAGUUCCCAAAGCCUGGGCCAGGUCUCCGAGGACAUGCCUGAGGCCGAACAGAACUCAGAGAACGGUGACCCCACCUUGGCUCUGAACUCGCACUCUGCAUCUUCCACAGGUCUAGGUGAAGUAGUGAGGCACACCAGAGAACAAAGGGAUGCCAUAUCGUUAGCAAUUAAGGACAUUAAGGAAGCAAUCGAAGAGGUGAAGACUCGAACCAUUCGAUCGCCGUACACUCCAGACGAGCCUGCAGAACCGAUCUGGGUGAUGCGCCAAGAUGUUAGUCCAACGGCAGAUUGUGAGAUCCAGAUGGUAAUGGAUGGAGAUCAGUCAUCCUCACCAGGGUCGUCAUCUCCCCGAGGUGCAGAGUCAUCCAUGACACAGCAUCGAACAGACAUUCAUGACGCAGCAGAGACAGCAACGAAUCGAGAGUCAAGAAAAGCUUUGGCCUCCUUUCCCACUUAUGUUGAAGUCCCUGGACCCUGUGACCCAGAGGAUCUAAUCGAUGGCAUCAUCUUUGCGGCCAACUACCUGGGCUCCACCCAGUUGCUGUCUGACAAAACCCCGUCCAAAAAUGUACGGAUGAUGCAGGCGCAGGAAGCAGUCAGCAGAAUCAAGAUGGCCCAGAAAAUGGCCAAAAACCGGAAGAAGGCCCCUGAGGGAGAGCCCCAGCCUAUGACGGAAGUGGACCUCUUCAUUUCAACCCAGAGGAUUAAAGUGCUCAAUGCUGACUCACAGGAAACUAUGAUGGACCAUCCCUUGAGGACCAUUUCGUACAUUGCGGAUAUCGGAAACAUCGUGGUGCUGAUGGCGCGUCGCCGCAUGCCCCGAUCUAAUUCCCAGGACAGCGUGGAAGCGUCUCACCCUUCGCAGGACGGGAAGAGGCAGUACAAGAUGAUCUGCCAUGUCUUUGAGUCUGAAGACGCUCAGUUGAUAGCCCAGUCCAUUGGCCAAGCAUUCAGUGUCGCCUACCAGGAGUUCUUGAGGGCAAAUGGGAUUAAUCCAGAGGACCUGAGCCAGAAGGAAUAUAGUGACCUCCUCAACACUCAGGACAUGUACAAUGAUGAUUUGAUUCACUUCUCCAAAUCAGAAAACUGCAAAGAAGUUCACGUUGAGAAGCAGAAAGGUGAAAUACUGGGUUUGGUGAUCGUUGAAUCAGGCUGGGGCUCCAUACUUCCAACAGUGAUCAUCGCAAACAUAAUGCAUGCAGGGCCUGCAGAGAAAUCUGGAAAACUGAACAUUGGAGACCAGAUUAUGUCCAUCAAUGGCACCAGUCUGGUGGGACUUCCAUUAUCCACCUGUCAGAGCAUCAUAAAGGGUUUAAAGAACCAGUCUCGAGUCAAGCUGAACAUUGUGCGGUGCCCUCCUGUCACCACGGUGUUGAUUCGGAGGCCAGAUCUGCGCUAUCAACUGGGCUUCAGUGUACAGAAUGGCAUUAUCUGCAGCCUUAUGCGCGGAGGGAUUGCAGAGCGUGGAGGAGUGAGAGUUGGCCAUCGCAUUAUAGAAAUCAAUGGGCAAAGUGUUGUUGCUACACCUCACGAGAAGAUAGUCCACGUUUUGUCCAAUGCAGUUGGUGAAAUUCACAUGAAGACCAUGCCUGCAGCCAUGUAUAGACUGCUGACGGCUCAAGAACAGCCUGUUUACAUCUGAACGGACGACAAACCCUGCCCCGGUGUGCAAAGUGGAAGUGUCUGUGUGGUUUGAUUGUGUUCACCAUUGCUGCAUUUCUGCAGCUGCAGAAACUAUAAUUUUUUUUUUAAACAUUUUUUGUUUGACAAAAAAAAAUCUGUAAAAAAAGAAUCAAAUCUUUGCCUUUCAGACAUGCAACUUUGUGCGGUUUAUAUAGAAAUAAAUGUAAAUAUAUUCUCGCAGAUUAAUUCUCACCAAGUUAACACAGAAUUAGUAACUGGGCACUUAUAUAGCUUGAUGUUAUUUAAGAGAGGGUUCUUAUGCAGAACUAGAUCAAUGCAGGUGAGUGAUUAUGACAUUGGGAAAUGUAUUUAAAACAUUUAAAUAACUGAUAAGCAUUUACAAAGUAUCUAAAAGUAUGUCUGAUUUGGAAAUUCCUAAAUCUUUCCUAAUUAUAUUUUAAAAUAUUCCUGAAGAAUUCUCUUAAUCUGUUAUUCUUUUACCUCAUUGAGAUGUUCCAACAUGCACUGGAGUGUUUGUAAAGAAUUUAUUUUGACAAUCCUAUCCAAGUCGGAGUUUGAAGCCAUUCUCUGAGUUAAGGGCAGAUCUAAUAUAAUUUCUGUGUCACCAAUUUUCAAUUUUAAAAAGAAGUUAUGGGCUGUGAAUUUCUAAUUCAAGUUGGUAAAAAGCAAAGGUUAAAAGCAUGGAGUGCUUUGCAGUUCCAUUCUUGAAAACAUCUGUCACAUGAAAACUAAUCAUUAACAAACUCUUGGUUGAACUAAUGUUCUGUUUUGGAAAUUAAAUGCAGAGACCUAGCAUUGAGGUAGAAAUGAGUUAAAAACAGUUUCAAUAGGUGAUCUUAAACUACAUUAAGUAAAAUGUUAGCAUCAAAUUUGCUGAGUCCUGCCAAGUUUUAUACUUCUAAACAUGAUCUGAGACCCUAGUCUUCAUUAUAGACAGAAUCUGAUUCAGUGCUGGGAUAUUUAACAUGCACACCUUGUUCCUCUAUAUCUCCUAUCAACAGAGAUACACAAAUACUGAGCCAGUGUAUCAGCUUGAGUUCUAUGUUGUAUAGCUUGAAACCAUUUGAUGUUUCUACACACGUCUCCACUUAAUAGAUUGUUAUGUCAAUAGUAGCCAGUUGUAUGUCACUGUUGGGAAUGAGCAUUUAAUAGGGCAGAACCUUAACCACCAUAAGUAAUAAGGAUGUAAUGUGGAGCAAGUGAUAGCACUAUUCUGCACUGUAGUGACACUAUGCCUCUUCCAGGAGCUUGAUUCAUUGAGGUUAGUAUUUAGGUGAGCAGUGAUCAUUGAAGAUGGUUGUUUCACCUUCUGUCACAGAUGGGUAUGAAACACCUAAUUCCAUUUCUCAGCUCUGCCCUGCUCAUCCAGCCAGUGAGUCUCCACUUAUGAUCAUCGCACCUUAUGGAUUAACUUCCAUAUGAUUAAACUGUUAGAACAGAAUGUCCUUACACAUUCCAGCAACAGGAGAUUCCCAGAAUUUUAUUAGAACAUCAGAGGCAUUCCUGUUUCCAGGCACAAGGCUAAAUUAAUGAUGACCAGAGUAAUUUGAGGGUGAAUAUACUGAAAAUGACAGAGUUUCUCUCUAGUCCAGGUGAAUACUCAAUUCCUAUGUUUACACACAAGAUUAAAGUGUUAACCUGCACAGCUCUGUCACAUCAUUACUUGAAGUUAUUAAAAUGACAUGGCACAACCUAAUGGGUUUCAUUCUGUGACACAUUUGUUAAUAUCUAUAAUCAAUACUUACACAUGCCGAUGUGAACUUAAUGUAAAUAUUUUAUGCAGUACUAGAAUAUACUUUUUUGUCUUUUGGUGCAAUAGAAUAUAAGAUAUCAGGAGAUUAUAACACAGCAACAUAAUGUUCCACUUUGUAAUGUUGUUUGAAGUGUGUCAGCUAUUAAUUAUCAGAUUAAUGCAUUUAUGAAUGUAGUUCAUAAUCCAGUAUUUUUUGAGGAUUAUCUUUUGUGUUUGUAAUACAGCGACAAUGUUUAUUUAUUUAUGUUACUGUUAAGGGUUUAUUUUUCGGGGAAGGGGAAAAGCAAGUGAUGCAUUUAAUGAUUUGUACUCCUUAACAUUUUUUCUCUCAAUUGCAAAGAGGGAAAAUAGUAUUCAAAUAUGUUGAGUCUGCAAAAAAAAUUUAAUGUUUCUGAAAGAAUUUCACCCAUGGUUUCUGCUACUGAACCCAUGCAAGAGUAUCAGCCAGCAACUGUAAACACUUCUGUAUGCAUUGAAGUCAAGAGGACCAAAUUGUUUUCAAGUGAUAUGGUGUUCCUGGUGAGGCCAACAUUUCUAGCCGUUCCGUACAUGCUGCAGUUCUUCUGGUGAAGGAACUCCCCCGGUGUUGUUAGGAAUAGAUUUCUAGAGUUUACAGUCAGGAUUCUGACACAUUGUAGGGGAAUUUUCAGCUGGAGUUAUUCCCAUUUCACCUUCUGCCCUUGGUAGUGAAGGCUGUGUGUUUGCGAGGUGUUGCUAGGAAAGAUUUUGUGAGUAGCUGGAGUGCAUUUUGUUCAUGUUACGCAUUGUGACCAUGGCAUGUCAGUGGCGCAGAGAGUGAAUGUAAAUGAGGGCUUAGUUGUGGUGGUGUGGAGAAGUGUUUGCAUCUGGCGGCCAAUAUUCUCGCACAGAUUUAGCACUGGGAGCCAAAAGCAGAUAUCUCUUUUGUUAAUUCUUCAAAAUGCUGAACUGCAAAGACAAAAAAGAACCCCCCAAAAAAAAUCAAUGUUCACUGUGCACUUUUCAUAUGACAGAUGGUGGGUGGAGUUUACCUCUUAGUGAUCAUUGAUCCGAGGUUGGGGGUCUCCAAAGGGGACCUUUGCCCCCUUCAUCUUGGGUGAGGGGUUUGUCUGUUUGUCUACUUUGGAUGAAACUGCCCAGUUGGACAGAUAGGGCUUGAGCUGGUGGGGUAGGGAGCUGGAUGAUAGCAUAGGGUAUCCUGUCCCUCAGCAGUUCUCACAUGCCUGAAGAAGGCGGCAACCUUCAUGUGAUCUCCCUGCUUUUGCCAGUCAUUCUUUGGUGAAAGCCAGCAUACACUGGCAUGCCUAUCAAAAGCCACCUUUUCCCUGAACUAGACGGGCUGGCUAGCGUUCAGAUCUUCUGAAAGUCUUUCAGUCCUCUAAGGCUAGGUCUGGGGUCUCCCAAGGUUACAGGAACAGGAAGUGGCCUUUUAGUGCCAUGGGACUACAGGUAUAGAGAUUAACUCCAUGUAGCUGCUCAUCUUGGGUAUCUCAGUACCUUUGUUUAGCAGAAAUCUAAUUGGUUUUGGCAUCAAUGGCCAUUGGCAGAAGUGUGCCAGGCUUUUAUCACCUUCUGCUUUUAAAUAGUUUCUUGGCUGCUUUCUUGAAAGGCCUGCUUUACCUGGACCCUCUUCCGCUAGGACAGCACUGUGCAAAAAUCCUACAAAGAAAUCUUCCAGGGGAUGGUGGUGGGAAGAAUUAAUUCCCCUCUCCCUCCCCCUGCCAUACAAAUCUUACUUUGAAUAGUAUUGGCUAUCAAAUUAGAAAGAGGUGAUGAUCACGCUGGGUGGGAUUAAAAGGUGGGUAGGAACCCUUGUGGUGAAACCCUCUAAGAACAGUUCAGACAGUUCCCAAUCUCACAAACUGUUAGGAAGCCAAUUCUGGCAGGCUAUAAGGAGCCUGGAGUGGUUUGAGUAGAACUGUUUGACGGAUGUGCUAAGUGAAACCCUAAAUCAUUAUCCAGGGAAAUCCAAACCAUGUGUUAAGGCAUGUUAUGAAAGUGUAUGCUAUGGGCAUUGCAUCAUUUUAGUGUGUGAUAGUGAAAAAAAUGAUAGAAGUGGGAUUAGAAACUGAUUAAUUGAAAUCCAUUCCCUCCUGGUCCUUUUGUAUUUUGAAAGUGUGUUGUGAGAUAGUGACUCUUCCUAACAAGAAACCACAGUAAAAUGUUAGCAACACCACAGUGAGUAAAGGCACUCUGAUCCAUAAAAACAUCUGGAAAACACUUUGACCAUCUUAAUGUUAAGACUGGAUUAGUAAUUAGCAAGCCCAUUGUGACUGAAUGGUGCCACAGAUAAUUAAUGUUUUCUCCCAGCUACAGGGGCCCAGGUUUCAUCCUAUCCUUAGCUGCUCUCUUUGUGGAGUAACGAUGUUUUCUUAGUGAAUCCAUGGAUUUCCUCCCACAUCCCAAAGAUGUGCAUGUUGGUAGGUUCACUAACUCUGUAAAUUGCCCCUAGAGUAGGUGAGGGACAGAAGACUUGAUGGGACUCGAGGGGCAUGUGAGAGAGAGAGGUUGCAGGGAGGUGUGGGUUAACGGAUCUAAUGAAUGUAAACUGAGAACCAGCAUGGACUCUUCAGACAGAUAGCCUUCUGUGAUUUUUAAAGAAAAAAGUGAGAUUAAUUGGAGAUGUUAAUCGAAAUCCCAGUCUCUUGUUAAUUAAGUGAAAAAAUCUGGCAUUGGUAAUGGCAUACAAUAUACUAGUGGAUUAAUAUAAAGCCUUUGUUGGCCACCCGAUCUUCAGGGCAGAUAGGUGGGGAAA